CGGCGCAAGCAAACACGAAAAGGAAGCCAGGGGAAAAGCCCACGCUACCUUCCAAUCUCUCCCCAAUCUCUCUCGGCCCCCAUUCCAUUCCCCACCACCGUCUCUCUCUCUCUCUUUCCCCCACAUCUCUCUCUCUCUCUCCCCCUCCCUUGGCCAGUUCGCCGGCAGGGCAGGCCGGCAUUGCCUCCCGACGACGAUUGGCCCGCAUUUGCAAUAGCAUGAUGCUGCGGCGCGUGGCCUCGUCGACGCCGGUGCCCGAGUGGCUGGAGACGCUGCUCUCGACGCGCUUCUUCCUGGCCUGCGGCGCGCACCCGGCGUCGCCGCGCAACGAGUGCAACAUGUUCUGCCUCGACUGCAGGGGGGCGCCGCCGCCGGCCUUCUGCUACUACUGCAGGGCGCACCGACACGCAGCCCACCGGGUCAUCCAGAUACGGCGGUCGUCCUACCACGACGUGGUGCGGGUCUCCGAGGUGGAGGACGUCCUCGACAUCACCGGCGUCCAGACCUACGUCAUCAACAGCGCCAGGGUCCUCUUCCUCAACGAGCGCCCCCAGCCGCGCGGCGCCGGCGCCGCCGCGGGCAAGGCCGCCGCCUCCCCCUACAACUGCGAGAUCUGCGGACGCGCGCUGCUCGACCCAUUCCGCUUCUGCUCCCUCGGAUGCAAGCUGGUGGACACCAAGCGGAGCAACGGCCACGCGGCGGCGGCGGCGGCUACCGGAGGCGACGUUGACGGCGUCACCGACAAUGAGGCGGCGGAGGCCGGCGGAAGCGGGCACGGCGCGGCGCGGCCGCUGGGGCGCCGCCGGAAGGGGAUCCCCCACCGCGCGCCCUUCUGGUCCUGACCUGACCGACAUUAUUAUCGGCCGGGCAACGAACAGCUAGCAAUGGAUCGAUCAAUGGCGUCCGAUCCGGAAGAGGAAGAAUCAGUAGCUAGCAAUGCAAUGCAGUGCAAGCAUCAAGCAGCAGGCAAUGCCGGCAGCAAUGGGACUGACUUGCCGGCUUCGUUCAUUCGGUUGUACUUACUACUUACUUAGAAAAACAAGGAAAGGAGAGAGAGGGAAGAUACUGCCCGCCCAACUAGAAAAAAAAAAAGGAAAGAAAGAAAGGAAGAUAGAUAGAUAGAAAAGCAAGCUGAGCUGCUGAGCUCGGCAGCUCCGCCCCAACCACCGGAGGGAGAAGGAGAGGGAGAGGAAAGGGAAGAAGGUGCCGAGCCGGGGCCGCGCGCGCGCUGGACUGCAGUAAGCAACAUGUCUGUCCCCAUCCCCCUCUUGCUUCUCUCUCACCAAGCUAAGUCGCCAUGCCUUGCCAUACCAGCAUUUGGUACGGUAGGUGUACGUGACAUGCCUGAUCAUCUCCUAGCCCAUAUUAAACUUGGAUUAGCAGGAAAUGGAAUGAAUUCUUUUACAGUA